AUGCAACUUUCAGACGUGUCCAAUGCCGGCAAGUCGAAUACGGACAUGGUCCGGAAUCUGGUGAUGAAUACUUUGACCGGCAAUGCGGAACAAAAUUACCGAACCAAAGUUGAGGGUAAAGUGCUGCUGUUAGAAGCGCAGCUGACAAUCCCCAAGAGAAUUCACAAGCAUCAUCAGCUUAUAGGCCGAGGUGAGAUGACGCGGAAGGACUUCUUUGCUUUACCCGACCAAAAGAACAUCACAUAUGAGAAAGCUAUGCCUGGUCAUGCGAUGUGGCUCGAAUAUGUAUCGCACCUCUGGAGUGCCCUGCCCGGUGAGAGCAACAGUGCGCAGGCUCGUGCGAGUCUAUUGGUAUCCGUAGACAUGCACGGGUGUCUCAUAACUGUGUCAAACGCACGGAAUGCAAGCCUGGUCGGUGUAAGCGGUAUUGUUUUGCAGGACUCUGUCAGGACUUUCACGAUUGUCACAAAGACGAAUGCUAUCAAAGUGUUGCCUAAGGAUGGUGCCACUUUCACAACAAAUGCGCACUCUAUUGUAAUUGUGUGGCACGGAAAUGGGCUCAUCGCCGAACGAUUGACCAGGGCGAAGGCGAACCAGUUGGCGCAUCACAACAAACACCAUCGUGGGGGACCAAGGAACAAAAUACCCAAAAUCAAGAAAAAGGGCUCGUACGUUGCGACUGUCAGUAUCGAUAGGUAGUUUGCAAUUACAGCAGAUGGUACAUGUCCACACACUUGAUUGCGCCGCAAAGAGAUACCAUACAUGAUUUAUCUGAAAGGUGCCUGUGCUGUCUACACUGGAUCACUCUCGAGUAACAUACACGUACACGCCCAGUGCUACUGACUGACGAUGGACAGUCCGUAUCGACCACUGGGUGCGUAUGCUAAUGGUGUUGACGGGCUAGGAGUGGGGUAAGCGUAUUCGUACACUCUUGCUGAUGAGAAAGUCUUUGUUUGGAGCGUGUCUAUCGCGACCGCCAGCAUCAAGGCAGAUGACUGCGCCCACACACGAAGCCUAAGUACUGGUAGCGCUAUAUAUUGUCACCCAUGAUAUGCAUACGUAGCAAAAGUCAACAUAGUCGGCUAUGGUUGAGGGGUAUACAGACCUUUUUAUAUAUUGACAACCGGACCUGUCAUUUAAAAGUCAAUAAGAUAUACUUCAGCUCAUGUAAAUAGUAUAUACACACAUUUGUAUAUAUAUUAACACCCGGAACCAUCAUUGACGACCUAUCCAUGGUGCGUGGACGUCGCGACUGUCGGCAUUGAUGGGAGACAGAUAGAGACUGCAGAUGUAUGUGAUACACCUAUAGUACUUGCCGGAGCUGCAAACGGUUGCGAUCGAGUGCCUAUAUGACCGGUCAGGGUCACGAGCAUAAUCCAUUCAUGGCAAAUGUACGUAGUAGUUAAGGCCGUUGGUAUCAAUAAGGAUCCAGUUGACUGGAAACACACAAUAGCGUCAAAUCUCACGAGACAUGUUACAAGGCUUCCGGGCUACUUAUUAUGUGCACCUUAUGGCUACUGGUUACAGGCGAGUGCACAGAGAAACCAGAAUUUGAAACACUGAGAUUGGGUUUAAGUGGUGUUAGAAGCCAACUUCAGCCUGGGAGAAGGAUAAAAGGGUCGCCUGAGCAAUAACUAAGUGACGCUCACAGCAUUGUGUAUCAGCCAGCAAUCGGUAUUGUCGGGUAGCAAGUGGUCUUGAUAUUUUAUCAAGGCAAAUACAUACCAUUGCGCUUCAUACUCUUCUUUAUUGUCUAACAUUUUAUCAAGGCAAAUACAUACC